CGCGACCAGACCACCACGUUAAGUCCCGGCCCAACAGAUCUUGCCUUCUUUGCCCUCCUCACACACAUUACCGCAUUUAGAUAUUUGAUCGAUCUAGAUGAGCGUGGGGGGCGGAGGAGCCGCGGCGGCGCCGUUCGUGUGGAAGACGUACCGGAUGGUGGAGGACCCGGGGACGGACGGGGUCAUUGGGUGGGGGCCGGCAAACAACAGCUUCGUCGUCGCUGACCCCUUCGUCUUCUCGCAGACGCUCCUCCCCACGCACUUCAAGCACAACAACUUCUCCAGCUUCGUCCGCCAGCUCAACACCUAUGUCAGUCAGUUACUCCAUUUUCUUCUGAAAUCUGAGGGCUUUCGCAAGGUGGAUCCGGACCGGUGGGAGUUCGCCCACGGCUCGUUCCUCCGCGGCCAGACCCACCUGCUGCGCAACAUCGUCCGCGGCGGCGGCGGCGGCAGCAAGCGCAAGGACGCGGCGGCCGCAGACGCCACCGACCAAGACAUGACGAUGGUGGCCACGGAAGUGGUGCGGCUGAAGAAGGAGCAGAGGACCAUCGACGACAGGGUGGCCGCCAUGUGGCGCCGCGUGCAGGAGACGGAGCGCCGGCCCAAGCAGAUGCUAGCCUUCCUCCUCACCGUCGUCGGCGACCGCGACACGCUGCUGCGCCUCGUCAGCGGCAACGACGGCGCUGGGGACGAAGAGCCGGUGGAGGGCGGUGAGAAGAGGGCCAGGCUGCGGCUUGACGGGCCGGAAGCCGCCGACUUCGCGGGGUUCUACGGCGUGGGCGGCGACGCGUUUGUUAAUCAGCUGGCGGUGGAUGUUGCCGCCGGCGCCGGGUCGUCGGUUGGGGGUGCUGCUGGUUCCUCGUUUGGUUUCGGAGGGGACAGUGGGUACUGACGUCUCGCUUGACUCAGAUGUGCCCCUCGCGUGCUAUCGUUUUGGGUUUAGCUGAAUUCUUGGCUUCGCGUCACUGCCGUUUUUGACCGACCGGCAAGGUUCCAUUUUGCCAUGUGCCAAUAAAAUUUACAGUAUCUGCUUGGGUGUUUCGUCCGUUCGUUUUGACGGUGUCUCCUCACCACAGUCCACAGCCACUCACUCCUCUUCUCGACCUCUUUUUGGCCUCGCAUGGCAUGCGCUGCACAUCUCUCCGCUCUGGACUCAAGUGUGAGCCAAGCUGCUCUGACAAUUGUGGUUGUUCCAAUUAGUAGUGCUACUUUCAGUUAUCAA